CGCGCGGUUGCGACGCGGAGCGAGUGGUGGCCUGGACGCCUGGUGUGCGCUAUUUUCCCCCGCGCGCGCGUCCCAACUCCAGGAGCUCUCGAUGGUGCCCGCGGCCGCGGCUGUCGCAGCGGCGAGCCCGGCAGCGCUCCCUCGUUCAACGUCCCCAAGGGGCAGACGUCCCAGGGCCCGUGCCUGCUCGUUUCGGUGCGCUGGGCCGAGCGCACGCUCCUCAGCACUUGUGUCCUCCUAUGUAAGUCAGAAGUCGGGUUCCGCCGGCCAUGGCCAUCCCCGGAUUCGGCAGCUGCGCGGACGGCCGGACUGCAGCCGGCAGGCGGAAGUGAUGGGCAGCACCGUCGACGACGACGAGGCGUGCGAGCUGGUGAGCGGCUCGGACCUCGUCAUCGGCGAGGGAGACGACAGCGUCAGCGCGUACCUUUUCAAGGCCGUCAAGAACAACAAUGGCACCGGCAUCCUCCUGCUCUCCGACAUCUUCGGCUUCCAGGACUCCGCCACGCGGGACUUCGCCUACCGCGUCGCCUGCAAUGGCUACAAUGUCCUAGUUCCGGACUUGUUCCGUGGGAACCCGUGGAAGCUGAACGUCCCGUUCGACGGCGACAGCUUCGAGCGGUGGCGGGCGGGGCAGGCCCCGGGCCGGGUGUCCGGCGACAUCGACGCGUGCACGAGGUGGCUGGUGGACGAGUUCAAGGCCGCGGGGGUGUCCAAGAAGCUGGGCGUGAUCGGGUUCUGCUACGGCGGCGGGCGCCUCGUGGAGACGCUGGCGCGCGACGCCGAGAGCUGCUUCAGCGCGGGGGUCUGCUUCUACGGGUCCCGGAUGGACGCGUCCCUGGGCGACCGCGUCGCGGCGCCCGUCCUGUUCGUGUGCGGCGACGGCGACCCGCUGUGCCCCGUGGAGACGGUGCGGGAGCUGGAGGGGCGCGCGAGAGGCGCCCGGGCGGCGGUGUACGCCGGCAGGGGCCACGGGUUCGCGCACCGGCCGCAGUCGGUGGAGGAGGACGGCGACGCCGAGGACGCGUUCAACGCGAUGCGGGGGUGGCUGCACGACCACCUGCUCGCCUGAUCGGACGAUCAGACGCUGUACACGGGUUUGGGUGUUUUGUACAUACGUACUAAUAUGUUAUUUGACCAAGUCUCCUGGUCAUCCUAUAAUAAAGAGCAAAAUCCACCAUUAAAAAAAUAAACCGAGAGUUAUAGCAUUAUAAGUAACAGAAUGAACGUGGUUAUAGAGAUGUAACAAUCUAACUUCGUCUCAAUAUAUGCUGGCACCAUCUAUGAAAGAGGUUUGGUA